AGUUGGCCCGCACAUCCCUGCAGUCUUAGCGCCAUGCGGUCCGACGCUAACUCCGAGGCUCGAACUUUUUUCCUAUCAUCUUUCCGCGACAACAAGUCCGCUGAUCAGAAUCCAGCUGGGAAGAAGAGAAGAAAGAGAAGGGAUCGCUAUCAUCAUGGCGCCCGUCGCAUCCGAGUUGGCAACACUGCGCGCACUUAGUUUCCGCAUCUCGUCCACGCCAACAUCUCAGCUUCCCCAACACGUGCCUGCCAUAGCUGCAUCACUAGCCAAUUGCAGAACUCUACUCUCCUCGGCUCAGGCCUCAGGUACCAAGGCGACAUCCUCUGAAGCAUCUGUCGCCAUACACAAAUUCAGGACUCUCCUCUCCACCUUGCUCCAAGAUCGGACUCCCCAUGGAAGAUGGUGUGCCAUAGUGCUGAUCAAAGCCACUAUUGAAGUUGGAGGUUGGGAGACUCUACAAAAGAGUUUGCCGUGGGUGCGCGGUCUUCUGGGAUUCCUAAACAAGCCAGAUUCGCCAUCGUCCAAGAAGCUGUGCAUCAUCACCUUGACACGGAUCUUCCUCCUAACCAGGGAAUACCCGACGUUGAUUCGCGAAAUUACCACUCCGUCCUUGCCACCAUUUCUCCAGACCUGCUUGCAGCUAGCGAACGCCAAAGCGACUCCCGUCAGUCUGCUGCAGAUCAUCCUGGAGAGCUUUAAUGAGCUACUGCCCCGACAUCCUACUAUCUUCAGGUCUUACCUCAAGCAACUUUACCCGCUUCUGGGACGCCUCAUCGCACCCACACCAUCUGAUAAGACCAGUCAAGAGCAGCAAACCGGAGCUAGAUUUGGGACUUGCUCCGAACUUACCAACGCGGCGCGCCAGCUUUAUGUGCAACUGCCCUGCUGUGCGCCGAAGGGCGCUUCGAGCGAAGAGUGGACGAAGGCUGUGAAGAAUAUCACAAACCUCACUCAUCUGACUUCGGACCGCGUGUUCCGUGCUGUGGUAGAGGACUGGCAAUCUUCAGCGCGGGAAGCACCCCUCUCGAACGGACAUACACUAGACGAUGAAGUCCAAGAUCUAGAGCCUGGCUCCGAUCUUUCACCAUGGUCAGGAAUCUUUGCUGGUGGUGAGCGUUUGGCGGGACUUCUCUACGUCAUCAAGGAAUACAUUGAAAGCCCUACAGUAAACACAGUGUAUCUCAAUGUUGGCAUGAUAGUAGACUUGGUCUCAAGGAUGCUUUCUCUUACAGUUACAGCGUCUGCGAGCAAGAACUUCCAGAACACUGUGCGCCUGAAUGCGCAAGUUAGUAAAGAAGAGCGUGAAAGUCUCUGGUUGCUACUACCAGACGUGCACGUUGCAGCUAUCGAGGUGCUUCUCGCGUUAGCACACCGAUCUCAGACUAGCACAUUGGCAUUGGACCCUAUCAUCAUCGACCAACUCGUAUGGGUAUUUGGCGCAGAGAAGGAGACUAGCCAGAUCCGAACGGUGUGUUACACCGCCAUUGCUGCUCUACUAAAGAGAUCCGGUGUCGCUCUACACAAGGCUACUAUCGACUCUCUCGUACCGCUCAUCCGUACUUGCUGCGAUGAUCUGCUACCAUCCGAGAUCGCGGCACCUUCGACCCAACAGACUCCCGGCCAAGCCAAGGCGAAUGGCAACAGUCAACCUCAAACUACCGCUAAUGCCGAUAGCUUCCUCGGUACUACGAAAAACAUUAGCGGACCCAACCUUGGAUUUGAUGGUCUGAAACAAGCCGCUCACAAUCUGCUUCCCGUUUUGGUUUCGAACAUUCCGGCUCAAUACCUCUCCGACUCGAUGCGAGGCCGGCUAGAUCGCACCGCUAUCCUUACGCAACACAAAGACGCCAUGGUAGCUAGCGUGCUGAAUCCACCACCAAGCAAGAAGUUUGGAAAGCCUGCCGCAAGCAUCCUACCACUUAUGGCCCGGUCUUUCUCGGCCGAGAAGGAUGUCGAAGGCAUGCUCCGACCAAGAAUGCCGGUGAUCCGUUUGGGCGGUAAAGACUUGGAGGUGGAAAAUGAGAACGAUGACGACGAAGAGAUGGAAGUUGAAGAAGAGCAGGCGGAGGAAGAAGAGACGCAAUCGUCGGAACAGGCGGAUGAUCACUUUGCUGGACAGGAGUUGGACGACCUACUGGAGACAGCUAGCCAGCCAGAUACAGUCGCAAAGGACUUUGCUAUGAAGGAUGCGCCAACACCCAGCAAGCUUAUCGAAUCUACCCCACGAUCGGUUCGUAAAGGUACACUUGCGCAACGCCCUAACAUCUCUGAACCUACUGCUUUCACCGAGACGAAGCGACCGAUAGGCGAGGAUGGGCCUCUUUCACCAUCCAAGCGACCGAGGACCGACGAAGACGAACAGCGCACAGCACACCCAAUUCCUCCUGUUUCGGCAUUUGCGAUUUCAUCAAGUGGCGCAGCUUCUGAUACUACUGUACCCGCUACCUCAGAUUUCGCCGCUACCAGCACUGCUUCAGUUGUGCCUGAACUUCCGGAGCCAGGUGAAGGAGGCGAUGACGAUGACAGUGACGACGACAAGAUAUCCCUGGUACUUGGUCAAGACACGGACGAUGAGUCAGAUUAGGGGUUUGUGCAGUAGCAGUAAUUGUAUAGUUAUUGUAGCUUGCUGAAAGGCAGUGAAGUGGUAAUUGCAAACGCAGCCUGUGCACGGACAUAUAUCUCAUUCUCCC